UCUUGGUUUAGACAGCACAUAUUCAGUACUGAAGUCAAGGAGAACAGACAGUGCAGGAGAGACACUGAACCUGGAGGUGUGGAAGCAGCCAGGCUGUAUUUGAAACAAACAUAUCCAGCAAUGGCUCCCCGGAUAAGGCUGAACUUAGCAAAGCCUCUCCCAACUAUCAGUGAAGCCUUUGAGGAUAUCCUAGAAGAUAUAACAAGCAACGCAAUUGGUUUUGGAAAUGUUUACAUGAAUCCAGAUUCUUGUUCAGGUGAAGACUGCUGUCAGGCUAAUUGCCAGCUGGCAAGAUCUACUUUUCCAGGACCACUAGAAAGCAAGCAGCAGCUCCAAGACAAAGAGAGAUGUGGAAUGCUGCACAACCGUCGAAGAAUCUUAAACUUGCCUGAGCCACCAAAAAUGGUUUCCAGAUGCACUCUUCCUAAAGUGAUGUCAUUAGAACAGAACAGUUUCGUUCUUGAUUGUAUCAAAACCUACUCCUCUUCUGGCAUGAACACAUUAGAAGAGCUGUAUGCAGAAGCACAGAAGACUUGUGGAUGGAAAUGUCCUCUUGGCAGUGAGAACACAGGAACUGACUGCACACAGUCCAACUUUCAUAGCACCUGUGUAGUCACCUCUCAAGAAAAAAUGAGCAAAAAACAAUAUGGGACUGGCUUACCACGGCACCCUUCUCCAAGACCAUUGCAAAGAGAAAAUAGCGGCCAGGAGCGAAAAUAUAUUUACAACCAAGACAAGGUGCCCACUUUGGAAAGCAGCUCGAAUCCAAACCCUCUUCUUGUUAAUGGUAAAUCAAUCUGGCUGCAUCCCCCCAGAGAAGCACCACUGAGUGCCAGGAUUUGGCGAUCUUCACAAAGAGGGCAGCAGGGUCUGAAGACACCAGUAUGUCCUGAAAAAGAGCACCUGAGCUCUUCUACUUAUAAACAACCUCUGAAGGGAGAGGCAGAUAACAGAAAUGGCUGGGUGGAGUAUUUCCAUAUUGAUCAGAAAGUCACAAGUCGUGAUUGGAUUGCAGAAUACCAGAGUGCUUGGAAAGAAGCUAAGGUUAGAGCAUGCCUACUCCCUGCCAUAGCAGAAUCAUAGUUUUCUUUUUAUUUAACAGCAACCAAAAAAGAUAUAAAAAUCUUUACUUCCCUGUUGUGAAGAGCAUCUCUAGCAUUCUUCCUGUUAAUGGCACAGAAAUGCUUAUUUACAGUUCAUGUUCAUUGCAGAUGGCAUUGUGCAAAUGACUAGGAAGACAUGUGGAUCUUCAGACAACCAAAAGGAAUAAACAGCAGUGCUCCAUGGAAGACUUAAUGAGGGCUCCGUAUCUUAGGCGUUCAGAUAAUAAGCCAUAAUUAUUAAACUUUUUUGUAAUCUCUUGCAAUUUUGACUGUGAAAACAGUCAUGAGACAUACCAAAUACAUCCAGCUUGAAAGUGCUGGAACUGAAGUCUCUCUGAAUUUAGCUAAAGAGCACUGCAAGGCAUUUUUUAACAGAAAAAAUGUUUAAUCCUGCAUGUGCCAGUCUUGCACAAAUAGUAAGGACAGGAUUUAUUCUGCUGGAUUUUUAUCAUAAUCAAAAAGAGAGCCUGGAAAAACCCAGAAGCAAAGAUCUACGACUUCAUAAGAGCAUCAGAAGAGCACAAUGGCUCAGCAAAAGCUCAGAAAAAGGGCAUCGAUAACCCUUCCGUCCUGUUGCCCCCUCCCCAACAACUAUAUUCAGUGCAACUAAAUCUCAAGACUCCAAAGAGCCACUGAUCACAUUAUCCACCCUAAUUUAUCCACUUCCCUUUUAAUUCCAGUUAAUUGGAAAGCCAUCAGUGUAUCUUGCUCAUCAACACAUUCUGUAUGCUAUCUAUUGCAAGAAGAUUUUUGUUUGCCUUGAUCUCUGGGUUCACCAGGAAUCUAUCCUUGAACAUUAGGCUGUGGCCAACUCCUAUUAGCUUUGAUCAUCUUUUUGCAAAACUUAGAUCUCUGUCCUCAGCUGCAACUUCCUAAGAGAAAGUAAGCCCUCAUUAGUUUUCUAGGUAUCAGCUAAACCACCUUUUAGCAGACUCUUCUGCCUAUUAGGUCACAUUGCUUAAUCAAAUAUAACAAAAUAUUGUUUUUUAUUUAUUGUUGUUCUACUCUCAUAAUAAUGAAGCUUUCUUGUUUUGGCUUUAUGUUUGUGUUUUCUUUUGCUUUGCUUUUGAUUAUUCCAGAUCAACAAUCAAGGAUUACUGUAUUUUCUCAUUGCUCUGGAGCAGAAAUAUAAGUUGCUUGUGCUUAUCUAAGAAAUACAAGAGAGAUUUCAGCUCCUUUUAGGGCUAGCCAUAGGUAGUGGCUUCCUGGCUGAAACAGAUAUAUUAACAAUGUUAAAUGUCAUCAAUACCUACUGAAAAAUACAGUGCCUUUCAAUUAGAUUAUUUUAUUAUUGUUAUGAUUUUACAUUAUUUUUCUCAUGAGUUUUUUGUUACUACAUUGUAUUGUGAUAUAUUUUUGUUUUUAUGUCUCUUGCACAUUGUUCUGAAUCUACCAUGAAUAAUAGGCUAAAAUAUUUUUAAUAAAUGAACAAGACACUUGAUAUCAAAACCAGUGGUAUGAUAGUAAAGUAGCUGCCCAGAGUCCACUGGAAUUGGGCGGCUAAUAAAUUCAAAGGAAUAAAGAAAUAAUAAAUAAUAAAUGUACAACAACCGGUUCUACCACCUCCAUUGCUGCUGCCACACUGUGCUAUUAGCUGCCAAACAGCCAUUGGUGUGUUAGGCCUCUUGGCUUGGCUCAGCUCUGCUCUGCUGUCAACCAGCAUGGAAAAUUCCAGAAAAUUCAACAAUUGUCUCUCACAAGCUGGUAUAACUGGCUCCAGCACACAGCUGUAGUAAGCUGAAAACUUGUGCCAGAAUUUCCUUUUAAUUUGGUGGGACUAAUUCUACUUUUUCCUGACAUAAACUGAAGAGAAAAUCCAACUGUCUAGACUUGUCAAAUAUUUUUGGUUUGCUGGAUUUUCAUUGGUCAGAUGGUAGUGUGUCAUUUUUUCAAAGCAAAUUGCACUGUUUUGUUAAAAUUCACAUUAAAAUUACAAUAUUUAAUCAUUAUUGUACAUACGAUAGGGGCUGCUUUACAUAUCAUUACAUUAAAUAGCAAUUGUGUCACAAUUGAGUUGUAAUGUUCUACUUCUUGUGACUGUGGUACACCACUCUUUCUCUCUUCUUAUUGUAGGUAAAUGUAAUGUGGACUGAGGACUUGCAUGAGAUGCGUAUAUACAUACACAACAAAUUGCAUAUCACUUUAAUUAGUUGCUGAAUAUAGUUUGUGGUGUAGUGGUUAAGGAGAUGGAUUAAGAAUGGCGAGAUCCAGGUCUAAGUCCAUCUUUAGUCAUGGAAACUCAAUGGGGGAGUCUCAGCCUAACUUACCUUGCAGACUUUUCUUGUGGGGAUGAAAUGAAGGGAGUUCCAUAUCAAAGCCACCUUGAGCUCCUGGAUAAAAGGCAACAUACACAUAUAACAAAUAAAUAAUUAAUUUUAUCCACUAACUUUCUGAAGAUUGAAGUGGACCUGAGCAGAACCAUAUGCUUUUUGUAUUAUUCCAUAUAAACCAAGGGCUGCAUGCCAUGUGCUAAAUUGCUUAGCUACAUUAAUUGGGAGAAAAACUAUGCUACCUGUAGUGGUCCACAAAGGAAUAUCAGCUCACAGCAUUUCCUGACACACAUAACAUUUGUAGAGAUAGUAGAGGCAUUGUCCCUGGUUUGUUAUUUCUGAAAAUCUUAAUUUUUAAAAAUGUAAAACUUAACAAAAGAAUUUGACAACUCAGUUUGGAAGACGUGGUGUGAAGUGUGCCUGAUGAGAAAGACUAGUGUUUCUGGAAAGCUUGAGUUUCUUGAUGGAGUGAUUGCCAAUGCAAGGAAUUUCCUCCUUCCACCUCCAGCUAGUCACCAAAUCAGCUCUGGAAAGUUGGGGAACUAACAUUCAACAAUGUUAGUUGGAGGACUAACUUUUUGUUAAACAGAAAAAAAAAAUAUUUUAUUCAAACUUUUCUCCCUGAUAUUCUGGUUUGCUGUAUGUCUAGACUUAAUUUGGGUAACAAGGAAGGAAAGAAGAGAAAGAUUACCUUCUUUUCAUCUUGGAUCCUGGCAAACAUUUUGUUGAGUUUUAAAAGCUUCUUAAUUCAAUUAAUAGCUGCACUUAUUCAUUGUACAAAUUUGUGGUGAAUCAGAUGAUUGCACAGGGGUGGGAUUUUUGUUUCUCCCCAAUGCUCAUGUGCUAAAAAGUACUUGUGGGAAUAAAUGUUCAUUCAAGCUUUUGAUUUAAUCAAAAAUACAAAGCCUGUUCCAGGUUGUUGCAGCUCAUUAAAACUUGAGAACCUAUAGUGAAUCUUGUGCUGCCAUCACGUACGUGGUUCAACUGCUGCAUGAGUCCCUAAGAAAGCCCACAUCUUGUCAUGUUCAGUGCUGUGAAUUGUCCAGUGAGGAUUUUGUCACAAACUGAGUGGAGGGGAAAAUGCAGAUCAAUGUGAUGCUUUAAAGCUUCAGCCUCAUGAAGAGCAAAUGCCAUGGCAAUCAAUAUAGGAUACUUCCAAGUAAGCUUGCCUAGGAUUACUGGGAACUAAGCCGUAUCAGAAUCCAAAUAAACAUUCUUUUAGGAGCAGGAUGUAAUUCUCAUGAAGAAAUGCUGAUAGACAUGUUUUGAAUACAAAAUUAUUAUGAAAAAGCAGCUAGAGUCUAUGGCAGCAGCUGAGGGCUGACCAACUAACUCAAAACCAAUUAAAAGGGCUUUUUCAGUGUAUUUGGAAUAUUUUUCUGCUGGUGUCAAAAACAGUGGGAUAGAUUGCCACCUUAAUUUUUUCUGUCCCUGUCCCUGUGUUCCUAUCACAUUGAUUAGGAAGUAUAUUCCAUGGAGUCCAGUGGGUGGUACAUGCAUUCAUAAAGACAGGAGUAUAAGUCUGGCACAAGAAGGAUAUUGGAGUACUGCUAAUCCAAGCUGACCUUUAGCUCCUUAGAAUGAUUUUGAAAGAAGAGCAGAGCGCUCUGGUAUUCAAAGGAACUAAAAUGCUAUUGACAGAGAGACCCUUUCAGGAUGAUUCAUUCUUUAAUUCCUAAUACUUCAAAGGGAUUUUUCUGCCAUGUAAAACCCUCUGAACCAUCACAGCAUCUAAUGGAAGGUUGCUGACUUAUGAUGAACUGCUUCAGGCACACCUACCCACCACCCUCCAAAGUUAAAUUGAUAUCAGAUAUCCUUUCAGAUCCAAAAGUGACUUGCUAUGUGCUGUGGAGGUCAGCUGCUUUUUAAGAAAUGCCCAAUUCUCUUUUGGAUACAUGGAAGAAGUUGCAGGAUCUCUGCCACUUGACUUUACUCUUUCUCCUGGAUGUUCUUUCCAGUCUGGGACUCUUCGAUCAGACUUUUGCUGUGUAAUGGUACCUUGUAUUGCUGAAAAGAAUCUUUCAAAGAAUUGCAACAUUCUCUAAAGAGAAUUUUCAUGUUUUAUCACCCCUUCAAGCCUUUUGGAGCAGUCAAUGGCUAAUGAGUCUGAUAUGUAAGCCUGAGACAUACAUACAUACAUACAUACAUACAUACAUACAUACAUACAUAUGCUUUGAAUAUUUAUGCAAAUAAACAUUGAAAAGAUAUGUUUACUGUGGUGAUUAAAAUUACAGUUUUCCUGUCAUUGUUCACAAAGCAUGAUUAAAACUGGGAAGACAGUCCUAAAAGCCCUACUGGUUCCUAUGAAGAAAAACAUUACGGUACGUGGUAACUACAGCUAAACACAAAAAUCACUUUGCUAGUGUGCCGUAUGGUGUGCAUGUAAGACCCAGAUUACAACAAAUACUAAAAAGUGAAUUGCAUGAAAUUUCUGCUCUAUGUACAAAUAAAGCUUCAUUUUGUGCAACUACAGG